AGGUAGAUCAGAACAACCGCUGUCUCAAUGCCUUUGUGCAAUCUACCAGAAGAUAACGCGUGAUUACAUUUGCUUAAACAGGUCCGAUAAACAUGAAGUCGUUUUGUGUAUUGGAUCGCUUUCAGUUUGCGUUUGUUUGUUAGCCAAACAUUGCUGAACAAGUGUUGUGAUUACAGUGUGAAAAUGUUUGCAAGGACCACAGCAGAGUUUAUGGAGGAAAAGGACCAUAGUCGUCGACGACUGAUAGAUCUUUGGCUGCAGCCUUAUGUUGUGUUGCGCAGAGCAGACAUCAGUGAAGUUAUUUGUCCUAAGCAGCAGGAGCCAGAGCGCACUCGCAUUGACGAGGAAGAUGUAGGCAAAGAGGUUCAUCACGUCAAUGAACAAAUGGAGCAGAAGUUUCGUUGUGCCAUAAAAGAGGAGGAUGACCCGGAGUGGCCUUGUAAUAAAGAGGAGGGAGAAGACAUCUAUGACAUUAGAAUGGAAGAGGAGGAGGAUGCCUGCAAGAUGCCAUUGAAUGUUGUCCCUUUGAAGAGUUUAGAUGAGGGUCAACAUGAGGUGAGCAAACGGGUGGAGCUUCCAAGCUGCAGCUCAAGUCAACAAAUGACCAGAGAAGGUGAUGAAGACCACUGUGGAGGAUCACAAGCAGGUCCACCAUCAGAUAGUGAUGACAUGUCAUCACAUGUUCUUGCUGCUGCUGCUGCUGCUGCUGCUGCUGCUGCUGAUGAUGAUGAUGAGUCUCAAAACAAACACAGGCAAUGUUCUCAGUGUGGGAAAUGUUGUGCUAAUAACAGUGGUUUGAAACAACACAUGAGAAUACACACAAGAAAGGAAAACCUUUCCUGCUCAGAUUGUGGCCGAAAAUUCUCUCGAAGGGAAAAUUUAAAAAGGCACACAAGAAUCCACACUGGUGAGAAACCUUUUUCAUGCUCAGUUUGUGGCCAUAAAUUCUCUUGGAGUGGAAAUUUAAAAGAGCACACAAGAAUCCACACUGGCGAGAAACCUUUUUCAUGCUCAGUUUGUGGCCAAAGAUUCUCUCAUAGUGGACGUUUAAAAGAGCACACAAGAAUUCACACUGGCGAGAAACCUUUCUCAUGCUCAGUUUGUGGCCGGAAAUUCUCCCGAAGGCAAUAUUUAAAAAAGCACACAAGAAUCCACACUGCGAGAAACCUUUUUCAUGCUCAGUUUGUGCCAAAGGAUUUUCGACAAAGACAAGCUUAAAAAGUCAUACUACAAGAAUCCACACUGGCGAGAACCCUGUUGCCUGCUCAGUCACUUGCCACUUGCGAAUUCCGAGUGUGUUGGAGAGAUGAGCAAUGAUUCGUGAAGUUUUCACCUUCUGUUUGAGUAGACUUCAUGAGUUUUUGCAUCAAUGAUGAUGUCGUUAAGUGGCGUCGGGGUGUUAAUAGUUUUGUUGUUUUCAUUAUACUUGGUGUUAUUUUGGUUUUAGUUGAAGUUUUUAACAGUAAAUACAUUUAAUUCAUAUUCAGGGCAAGUUGCUUAGUUUCUAUUAGUGUCUAGUGGUUUAGUUUUGUUCAGCUUUUCAUGUUCAUGUUAAGGUUUUUGCCCCCAUAUUUGUCAAGACAUGUUAAGAAGAAAAGUAAGAAAUAAGCAAGACACUUUUUUUGUCUUGCGCUUGCGUGACGAUUCGGCAGCAAAAAUAGAUGAAGCAAUUUGUGUAGAAAUACUAAAUGACAAAUUAUGACAGCAUGUCA